GCUUAAUCUUUGCUCUCCUCUGCCCCGCUUCUAGCCGCUCGACGCCGUCCGCCAAAUUCUCACGCCGUCGCGACGCGUCCCCGGCAGCAUUCCUGACAGUCGAUAUAAAAGUGGAGAUGGUCACAGCAUUCUUCUCAGCACGCCUUCCUUUCACGACAUGGCUACCUCCAGUUCCUCCUCCAUAACGAUGCCUGGUCUGACGGAAUCACAUCCUGUCCCCGUCAAAUCACACGAUGACGCUCCUGGCGCUCCCGAUCUCAGCUUUCCGUUCGAGACGACGGACACGGCAGAGGGCGGUGUCACGAACGAAUACCGCGCCGCAACGAGGACUGGUCUGAUGUCUGCAACUGAUGCUCUGCGACCUGUACCGGCACACACGGCCCCCUCUCGACCGCACGCACUCUCUGACCCUGAGAAGGCGAAGCAACUCGAAAAGUACGAGUUUGUCACCUGGAAAGUCAACGAUCCAGAGGACCCUCGGAACUGGUCACCUCUCUGGCGGUGGUAUAUCACUGGUGUCGUUACCUGUGCCGUUGUUUCCGUCGCCUUUGGAAGUGCUGUCGUCACCGGUGACUUCAAGGACAUUCAAGCUGAGCUGCACGUCGGCGAAGUCGUCGCUGCCCUUUCGGUCUCUCUAAUGGUCGUCGGAUUUGGCCUUGGCCCUCUCGCAUGGUCGCCGCUCAGUGAACUGUACGGGCGGAGACCCCUCUGGUUGAUACCGUUCGUGUUCUACGUCGUCUUCAACAUCCCAUGUGCUCUGGCGAAAAAUAUCCAGACGCUGCUCAUCUCUCGAUUUUUGUGCGGCUUUUUCGCUUCUGCGCCGCUCACUUUGGCUGGCGGUACGAUCUCCGACAUCUGGGACAACAAUGAGCGUGGGCUGGCCAUCGCCUUCUUCGCUGCUGCACCGUAUGGCGGACCUGUCCUCGGGCCGAUUGUCGGUGGAUUCGUCGGUCAGAGCGUGGGAUGGCGAUGGAUCCUGUGGGUCAACAUGAUCUUCGCCGGCGUCAUUCUGCUCUUCUGUGCCACCAUCCCGGAAACCUUUGCACCCGUUCUGUUGCGCAAACGUGCUGCUGCAUAUCGUGCCGAGACCGGACGAAGUGAUAUUGUCACUGAGCAAGAACUCUUCAAGAAGUCGUUCACCCAUAUGCUUAUCGAUACCCUCAUUCGGCCUUUCCAAAUGAUCGUCUCAGAACCGAUUCUGCUAUUGAUGUCGCUGUACAUUGCUCUCAUCUACGGUCUCCUCUACGCGUUCUUCUUCAGUUUCCCCGUCGUCUUCGGCGAAGGGUAUUCGUUCAGUGACGGCCUCGUCGGCCUCACGUUCUGCCCUGUCCUCAUCGGAGUCGGACUGGCUCUGGUUGCGACGACUCAGCUGGAGAAGAACUAUCUCCAGCGUGCUAUGGCAAAGGGCGGCCGUGCUGAUCCCGAAGAUCGGUUGGUUGGAAUGAUGCUUGCUUCGCCUUUCGUUCCCAUAUCUCUCUUCAUUUUCGGAUGGACUAGUCCCCCGUAUGUGAUGCCGGGUGGUGGCAACUGGGUCGGACCUGCCAGUGCUGGCAUCCCCUUCGGAUUCGGCAUGGUCGUGAUCUACUCGUCUGCCAAUGCAUACCUGAUUGAUGCGUUCCCCGGCUACGUGGCCUCCGCUCUGGCUGCCAAGACGGUCAUUCGUUCCGGUGCUGGUGCGGCCAUGCCUCUGUUCAUGGUGCAGAUGUUCCACGGCCUGGGCAACGGAUGGGCUGCGUCACUGCUUGCCUUCGUCUCGCUCGCCAUGGUCCCCAUUCCAUUCCUGUUCUACAAGUUCGGCAGUUCCAUUCGGGCACGUUCUGAACGAGCCGCCUAAUCGAUUUCUCAUUUAAAAAAAGCAAAUGGCAUCUACCCACCCUAGAUCUUUGUGGGUUGUAUAUUAAUCCUUGCAGUGCGCCUUGUAAUAAUUGUAUAACAUCGGAUAAUCCAAAAUAAUUGGCGUCGAGACUGCGUGACAGUCACCCCGCAUCGUCGAGGCUCAACUCAGUCCACCCGGCUACCUUGUCAUUGUCGGCAUCAGCGCUACGCCAGCCAAGUUUUUCAUCUCGAUCAUUUGGAAUUCAAUCACUCUCCGCUGUAAUGACCUGCAUGCUCGGCAGCAUUCGCCAAGCCCAGCCCAUUGGGGACGUCAGAGUCUCUGAGAGGAGCUACAGUUCCCAUUUUCUCACUGCGCACUCGUUUCCACUCACGGUCGCGGCUCCCACUGAAGAUGCAGCGCGUGUGGUCCGUAUAUCUGGAUGGAAAGCGCGCGACUCAUAGCACCCUCGGACCCAGUCAUGGUUCGCGAGAGUCAUCGUGGGCAUUGCAUCGCGACCAAGACCACCAGUAGCACUGACUGCUUCCACAGCACAUCCAUGACGUCGAACAUAUCCGCAUCUUCCACAUACCCCAUCUUGGAUAGGGGCCGUGUACCCGAGGAGCACACACUCGAGCCACCGCGAGCCCCGUUCCUCCACGACGACGAUCGCACGCCGGGCUCCAGCCGCAGCAGCUCCCCUGGCCCGAUAUCCGACGGGAGCACGGUGUCGCUGCAGGUGAACUAUGUGCCGGCCAAGUUCUCGCCUGCCAGUGUGCGACGGAGGAAGGGGAAGACGGACGCCGGGCUCAAGAUGGGCGGGGGUGUCGAGGCCUUUCGCGCUGGCGAACAUCGCAUGCCCCUCUCUACGGACCGGAACUACGACGGCGUGGAUGUGGGGAUUGACUCUGGGAGAGCACACUGGAACAGGUUCAAAUGGGCGUUGGUGAUCUCCAAUACGAUAUACACCAUCGCUUCUCUGGCAGGACUUGUAUUCCUCCUGAUCGUCUGGUUCGACGUGUGGAAGCAUGCUGAUGUUGUGCGAGCAGCGAACUCUCGAGAGCUCGUUCUCUCAACAACGGCACUGAGUUUGGCGCUGCUCACCUGCUGCAUUGGCUGGGCCGGCAUCGUCUUGAACAACCGCGCCUUCCUCGCUGUCUACACACUUUUCCUGUGGAUCACGUUCGCAUUGAUCGUCGCACCGGGGUACAUCACCUACAAGAAGUACGCGUUCAAUCUCCAGGGCAAGCUCAGUGUGCAAUGGUCCAGAGCGCUCGGCUCUCAUGGCCGAUUGCGCAUUCAAGAUCAACUGCAUUGCUGUGGGUGGUACAGUCCUUUCGUCGAAGCGACUGUCAGCACCACCUGCUACGCUCGUAGCUCUCUGCAUGGAUGCUACGGUCCCUUUUUGCAGUUCGAAAAGCAGCUCCUUCACGUCUGGUUCACUGCCAUCUUCGCAGGCGGCGUCCCACUCUCUCUGGGUGCUAUCUUCGCUGGCCUCCUCUGCUCUAACCACAUCACAUACCGAUUCGGCAAGGGAAUGAUGCCCAAGGCCUAUCAGAUGUCGUCCCACAGCUUAGCUGUUAUUGCAGCUUCACACAAUCUCAAUACCCGAGACAUCCGCUCGAGCCCCUCGACCGCGGAUGUCAGCGCGCCUCUACUGCCUGCCAUCAAGUCGUGAUGACCCGUAAUAAUGGCUUUAUAUUGUGUAAUGCGCAUUCUUGUCUCGUUGGUACUUCUUUUUCUGGUUGUAGUCAUUCAAGUACACGGCAAUAUACGAGAAACGAGCGUUCCUGUUUAAAUUAGGCGCUGAUAUUCUCUAGUUGCGCUAGGUCUCGAGUUUUGGAUUCCGGGUCCCAGUCCGAUGACCCUGAAUCUCACGAUUCUUGGAAUUGAAAACCGAACUCUUUAGCGAGAUAAUCCUUCAUGGGUCCAGUCUGCAUCUCAACCCAUUCAACGUCUCUGCCUUCCUCACUGCCCUGUGCUUCAGGCCCGCCAGUCGUGUAGACCUUGGCCCGACGUGGCAUCCCCUCCUUAUCGGCAUACAUCAUCGAGCGUCGGGCGCCCUUCCCUCCGGGAAUGAGGCGGGUGACGAGCCAGAAUGCGGUGAACGAUGCGUGCUGAUGAGUGGCGGAGAAGUGAUGGUAGAGCAUCAGAUCUGCGAGCGGGACCGAGAGGAGCAGGAAGUGGAAGAGAGGAGACCAGUAGCCAGGCGACUCGGAGGUGAUGGGGAGGACAUGGGGAGUGCCGACCGGUGCUAUGCGUCGGUAGAGCGUGUAACCAGGCAUGCUGUCGAUGGGCCGCGCAACACCGGGCGACAAGGGCAGGGGCUCGUGGACAAGCUUGUAUGCCUCGAACUCAUUCAGGCCGAUGAUAGUCUCGCCUGCCGGGUCCGUGGUGAGUUUGAUCCUGAGUAGAGGUUCAUUCAGCUAGGAGAAUGCAUGGACGCAGUGUACGCACGGCUUAGCCAGGUUCGCUGGGCCCCAGGCCCCAUCGACCAGGUAUCUGUCCGCCGAUCCAGCCCACCCCACGAUCAUGAAGCCAUGCGUGAUUGUGCCCCAUUUCCACCCUGCUUCAUUCGUCCUGGGAUCCUGGCCGAGGGCUUUGUAAGAUCGGCUGGCGACCUCGGAAACAUCGAAUCCCCAGAAUCUGAGGAGGGCCGAGAAGGUGGCGUUGAUCGAGAAACAGAAGGCGCCUUUCUUCUCGCCGACGAUGCGGCCCAUGGCCAAUGCGCCCAGGGGCAUGCUAGUGAAUGCGCUUCCGAGCUGGAUGGGGGUUGAUGGGCCGCGCCAUUGCUCUUCCGAGACGUGGAGAGGGGUCGUAUCCUUUGGGAUCUGCUCGAGAUGAGCGAGGAACACGCUGGAUAGGAGCUCUAGCGACGGCGGCGAAUCGAGAAGCGCGUGAGGGAGCUUGAUCCGGUCAAGAUAUGCUGCUACCUGAUCCCGGGAAAGAGUCUUGGCCUCGAAAGCGUCAGUAGGGUACGGGUCCGUCAUGUUGUGCGUGGUCUGAAAGGUGGAUCCGAGUCAUAUUCGAGGGGUCUGCAGCUGAAAAGCUAAUGACGGCACACGGACAGCCGUCGGUGAUGCCCAUCGUGUCAGCAUCCAUUUGACAGUCACGACGUGACAACACAUCAUCCCUCUCAAGUUCAACGUCGUUCAUCAUAAUCACAGCCUCAAUGUUGCGAAAUGCAAUUCGGAAGGGGGUCGCAGGAUUGGCUGCAAUGCGUAUGCCAAUUUCAUCUCGUCCAUUACCCCGUCUCGUAGGCCCUACUCGUUUGACCGCCGCGAAAUUCUCAACAUCACGCCGCUUCCUGAACGUCGACUCGGUAGAAAAUCCGAAUUCCACUGAGCAAGCAGCUUUGACUCAUCUCGAGUCAUUCAAUGCAAGCGUCAAGAAUUUCCAGCCACUGAAAGACGAGGAAAGGCUGAUUCUUUCUUUCGGUCUGAUAUAUGAGAUGGUCAAUUAUCUUUCACGACAUGGCGAAGACGCUGAAGCGUAUUUGUCGGUUUUCAUGCGAUCCGAAGCCACAGAAGGCUCUGAUCUGCUUCGUGCUCGUCAAGUCGUGUUUGGACUUACACGAUAUAUGACCGACCUGAUUUCCAAGACUCCCUCCAAGUCUCCGUUACGCACUGAACAUUCUAGCGUCUUCAAUCUUGUUGGAGCGCUGGAGCCACAGUUCAUCCUAUAUGCUGGGGAAAACGACGCAGAAAAGUGGCGGGAAUUCUGGGAGAGAGUUCAGCCCAUUGUGCUGGACCUGGCCGGAAAGUUGGAAGAGGCUGGUUUUGGCAGCACUGCCACAGAAUCCCAAAUCUCCCAGUAGCAUUUAGUAGCCAUAUUGGAAGGUCGUAUCAUGCGUGAUUUCAUUCUCUGGUGAAUAGAAAGAGAGAAAUUAUACCCAAGAAAUAAUCACG